GUCAUCUGAUGGACUGUUUAAAAGUGUAUGUAAGCAAGGCAUAAUUCAAGUUUACUUUUUCAUCUCAGUUCUUUUAUCUUCACACAUUCAGUGCAGUUUCAGUGUGAAACAUGCAUUAAGGGUGGAUCAAUAAUUAAUAUUCACCUUUCAGACUUAAUUUCCAAAAUAUUCAGUCUUUUAUAAAAUACUACCUUUAAUAUUCAUCAGGCAAUUUUCAGUCCAUUUUAUUUUGCUUUACAGAUUCACUUCCACAAAUUCAGUGGUUCAAGUUCAGCUGAAUAUUCAACAUUGGAAUUGCAGGAAUAGCAGUAGAAUACUAAUAAUACAUAUUCUCCAUCUGCUGUUAGUCAUCCUCACCAGCAGGAAGUGUAAAGUGGGUGUUGACGAAGACCAAACCAACAGGCAGAGCAAGUCAUUGAUUAAUUCACAAAAACUGAUUUGCAGAAAUUGUGCAAGCACUGGCAGGGGGUGCAGUGAUGGCUGUGGGCAUCUGGACGCUAGUUGAAAAGAGCGACUACAUCAGUCUGCUGUCCUCAAAGAUUUAUGCUGUCUCUGCCUAUAUACUGAUCAUGGCCGGGGUGAUUGUCAUGGUAACGGGGGUUUUAGGUUGCUGUGCCACCUUCAAGGAGCAAAGACGACUUCUGAGAGUGUAUUUUGUUUUACUGCUGUGUAUUUUCCUGCUGGAGAUCCUGGCUGGAGUUUUGGCCUACAUUUAUUACCAGCAGCUGAAUGAGGAACUGAAGGAGAACUUGAGGGAGACCAUGGUUCAAAAAUACCAUCAGCCUGAGCAGGACCAUGUGACGAAGGCUGUGAACAAACUACAGCAGGAGUUCAAGUGCUGUGGCAGUAACGGCUCCUUUGAUUGGGUGGAGAGCGUUUGGAUCCGCUCCGUUGAGGCCGACAGUCGGUUGGUUCCUGAUAGUUGCUGUAAAAGCCCAGUCAUAAAGCUGUGCGGUCGGAGAGAUCACCCCUCGAAUAUCUAUAAAGUAGAGGGUGGCUGCAUCACAAAGCUGGAGAACUUCAUUCUGAAUCACUUGCAGAUCAUUGGUGCAGUGGGGGUGGGCAUAGCCUGUGUGCAGAUUGUUGGCAUGUUUUUCACCUGCUGUCUGUACAGGAGUCUGAAAUCAGAGCCAUACUGAAGAGACAGCUCAACUACAGCAUUAAUCAGUGACCACCAUUCUCUACGGCAAUUUUUUGUUUCACAAAAAUUUAGAUAGGAAAUAAUUAAAGGUUCUGCAUACCAUCAAAUCAGUUCCAACUAUCCACAGGCACAGACAGACAUAUACAGUAAUAAAUAUAGUGUUUUAUGAUUUUAAACACAUUAGGUAUUACCGAGUUAGAAAUAUUGUUCUAAUACUUUUUUGUAAGUGGCUUUAUUGUUCUUAUCAAUUAACUUAAGUUUGGACUCUAUUUUAUAUAUUAAACUUUUUAUGCUUCUUUUUUUUUCUUUGUAUGUUUGUACUCCCAGAUCCUCAAUAAAACCUCUGCCACAAUA